UUUCUCUUGCGCGUUUUGCCCGAAAGUUGCCCACACACCCUGCCCUGUCUCCACGCGCUGCGCGCUGGAUGAGCGACGCUAGCCCUAAAUGCAGCAGGGGCGGGCUGGGCUGAACCCCCGCGACCGCAGAAUGGGGAACAGAACAUCUUCGUCUUUGGGGACGUCAGCAACUGCUCCUGUGAAUCAGAUCCAAGAAACCAUUUCUGAGAAUUGCGUGGUGAUUUUCUCCAAAACAUCUUGUUCUUACUGUACAAUGGCAAAAAAGCUUUUCCAUGACAUGAAUGUAAACUAUAAAGUGGUGGAACUGGAUAUGCUUGAAUAUGGAAGCCAGUUUCAAGAUGCUCUCUACAAAAUGACUGGAGAAAGAACCGUGCCAAGAAUAUUUGUCAAUGGAACUUUUAUUGGAGGUGCAACUGAUACUCACAGGCUUCACAAAGAAGGGAAAUUGCUUCCUCUAGUUCAUCAGUGUUAUUUAAAGAAAAGUAAGAGGAAAGACUUUGAGUGAUGUAGGUGCUCCUAGCUUUGCAAAUGAAAUGUCAGUAUUUAAAAUGAUAAUGCCUUUUAAAUUUUGUGGGAUGUUAUAUGAAUUAUCUUCAUGAAAAAAUUGUUAAAGUAAAACAAUAAAUUACUGUAGAAACCUCACCUUCCUACUUGCCAAUUCCUGAGAAAAAGGAAUGUUAUUUAAGACUGAAGGAGUGGAGUUAUAUCAAAAGAUAAGAAAGUAAUGGGUUUUAUCUAUGAAUUUAGCAACCAAGAACUAGAAGGUAAGCGUUUGGUAUUCUGUAUUCCAUAUGGUAUUCAGAAGGAGUUUAUACCUUACCUUAUUUUACAGCUUUCAAUGGUGAACACUAAUGUGAUUUCUUCUUUAAAAUGAAGUGUCUGGGAGCCUCCCCUCCCUGGUACAAGGGGUUAAGAUGCAAUCUAUGAAGCUAUCCGCAGCCACUGCAGCAUGAGUUUGAUCCCCGGCCAGGGAGCUACCCACAUGGCACAGCAGACCUCUCCUGACUCACCCACUGCUUCCUUCAGCAGUGUUAUUUCAGUGGACUGCCUGUUCAGCUCCCUGCUCUGUCUCUGGUGACUCCUCUUACCCCCACCCCCGCAUCUCAGGCCUACACCCCAGCUCUUGUAUGCAUAAAUAAAUAAAUCUUUAAAAAGUAAAAUAAAAUGAAGUGUCUCACUCAGAUGGUUGUGAACUCAGGAGGGAUAGUCUUGUACUAUUUUGAGAUAAGCAUUCACAUUUUGUACUUCUAGAGUACUUAGUAACUCCAGUGACUAGAACUGUAUUUAUGAGCAAAAAUGAAAAGAAGGAAGAGUUCAGCAUUGUAUGAGAUGGAUGUUUGAAAUAGUGCAGAACUGUACUUUAUUUAGUUAUAUUGUGGAGGGGGGGCAGUUCUGCUUUCCACAAUAUAAUGAAAGGCUAUUGGAAAUGUCCCAUUGGGGAUCCAGAUAUUUGUACAGAUUAAUUAGACUAUAUGCCCCUAAUUAAUUGAUAGAUAUUAUUCAAUUCUGUGAUUGGGAAUACUUUUCAAACUGAUGUUAUUUUUAUUUUUAUUUUUAUUUAUUUUUAUUUUUUUAUAGAGGCAUGUUUUGUUUAUUUGUUUGUUUGUUUGUUUAUACAAGCACUGGGUACAGUCAGAAGCGCGGGAGGGUGAGAGAAUUCACAAGAGCCAGAGCGGGGAGCAGAGCAGGCAGAAGGACGGAAGCACACUGCUGAGGGGAGCAGCGGGUGGCAGGAGAGGUCUGCGUGCCAUGUGGGACCCUCCUCCGGUGGCAGGGGAGCAGCCAGGGAUCGAACCAGGGCUGCAGAAGCUGUGGGCAGCUUCGCAACCCAGAGCUCAACCGCUGCGCCACCGGGGAGGCCCUUAAACUUCACAUUUCUUUAAAGAAAUAAAGACAAGUAUUUGAUGUGCAUAGAGUUUAUUUGGUACAUCUAACAAUUUCUACAAUACAACUGACUAUAAACAAUUUACCUGCACUCCAUAAUUUAAAAUGGUUAAUAAAUUCAGUAUGGUAUUUUGCAAAGCUAGAAAGGACAAAGAUUUCACAGUAUUGGUGAAAACUUUUCAUGAAAUAAAUUUAAUACAUUAGUACUUCUAUAUUCUACCAGAAAACAGCAAAAUUGCAUUAUAGGUAUAUUAUAUACAGUGAAAACUUGGAAGACUCAAAAACCAGUGAGUUUAUCAAUAGACUUAGUAAGGCCCCCACCUGUCCUUUUCAGGGUCCUUUCUGAUAAAUGAAAAUUGUUAUAAACCAAACUUCAUAUACUUUUAAGCACCAGCUUGGCAAUUUAUAAAGUUUUCUUUCAGUUUUCUAAAAUAUUCCUGCUUUGAAAGGCAAAGUGAAAAAAUAUGAAUGUAAUUAAAUCACUGGCCUAGAUACUUUUUUUUAUUGCAACAGUCACAAUGUUUUAACUAUUCACUUCUUUGCUUGUAGGCUUGAAACAAAGUAUUUGCCUUUGCCUUGAAAAAUUCCCUUAAAAAAUUCAUUUUUGGAACUAUACAACUGUAUUUUUCUUUCAUAGUGUUGAAAUAUGCAACUUGGUCCUUGGAGAUCAUGUCACAUAAAGUCCAGCUUCUUGGAUAUAUACAAAACAAUAAAAAACCUUAAACUACCACAAAAUAUUCCUGAUGCUAACAGUCAUAUAUGUAUAAACACAUCAGUAUGCCCAGAUUCUCUUGUUGGCCAGUGCUAAAACUACUCAUGUACAAUCGGGUUUUAAAACUUACUAGUUACAUUUCCAUUUGGUAACUAAAAGCGAAAGUUCUAAAAGACCCUUGAGUUCUGUACUUGAGAAACACUAACACUAUUAAGGCAUUACUUAGUGAACAGAACUUAUGGAAAGUAACCAGUAUGCCUGUAUUUGAGAGCUAGUCAUAUUUUAAGGCAGUCAGAGGUUCUUUUUUCACUUUAAGGCUCUUGCAUAAAUUUUAUUCUAUGCAGGUAUUAUUCUAAUUUAAAUAUUCAUCAAGUGGUCAAUUAUGGAAAUCAAAGCCUCUAUAUAAAGCAAAUGGGCAGUUUAGAACUAGAGCAUAACACAUGCCCCUCACCCCCAACCAUUUUUUUUGUUUAAAAGAUGAUUGCAUCAUCUCAUCUCUUUGGAGAAUUGCAAUUAUCAGAAGCUGGCCAUAAAAAGAAAAUAUAACUCAAAUCCAUAAGUUAUGUCUCCUCGCACCAUACCAAACUUAGUCCAUAUUUAGCAUAAUAGGGCAAUAAGAAUGUUUUUCUUGGUUAUUUUUCAUUAUUUGCAUAAGAAUUGAAAAUCUAAUUUGGCCAUAUAUGGAUUCUAAACCAUUUACAUUGCAAAUAAAGCCUAACAAGUAAUUUAACAGAAGUUUGACUGUGUAUUGAUAAAAUAUUCUAUUAAAUAUAUACAGCUCUGGUAUAUAAAUAGCAAGGAUUUCAUUCAUUUACUACCUUAACAAUCCAAGUGUUCAUUAAACCUGCAGAACGUAGCUAGCUUAUUUCAUUUGUUCAAGCAGAUUCUGAUAAUUUCUAGAUGUACAGAAAUUUAAAUGUUUUAAAAUUAAAUGUCACUCACAUUCAUAAAAUUAAUAUGUGUGGCACUGCUGAAUUAAAUACAGGGUAGAGGAAAAAUCUCUUUAGGGUUAGAAAUAACUUUAUAUAUAUUUUUAUUUACAAAAUUCAUUCUCAUUGAAAAGAAUCACCUUAAUUUCAGAGAGAGAGUUUUGCAGUAUAAUUCCUCUAAUUUUUUGUUUCUACCAAUAUCCAGUACAAUGUGAUAUUUUUCAGGAUUUAGGAAAAGGUAUUGUUUUUAAUAAUUUUUAUUCAAACAACAGACCUAACUACAUUAUUACUUUUAUACAUGGAAAACAUUACCAUGGGUUAACUUUUAAUUAACUUCAUAAUUUUUCAAAAGCAGUAAAAAUUCACCAAUUAAAAAAAAUCAUUGAAAAUAUGUUAUUUACAAAUUCUUUUAUGUGACAAGCCAUUUAUAUAUAAGCUCAGUAAAGACUUAGACCAAAGAUUUUUGACAGUGGUUUUUGUAAUUUUGAAAAUAAUAGCAGAUACAUUCUAUUUUUGGAGAGUAUUCAUUGAGUUUUUUUUGAGUGCUUUUUAUCUGGCACAUCUCUAACUGCAAACAAUGGCUGAAUAACUGAUAAAGGUCCCCAAAUUUCUGCAAACAUCUAAUAUAAAGGAUAUACUAUAUAACUUGAUUUUGGGCGAGACUAUAUCUAUGCAAUUAUUGUUGCAAUUGACUGCCCAUUGUGAAUUUGAAAAAAUAUGAUCUUAAAUCUGCAUAGGAUAUAGAGUAACCUGAAAAACACUGAUUCCACAGCUAAAUGAGUGACUUUGUUAUUUAUUAUUUACGGAGAGGACUACAAAAAGAGAAGACAGUAAUGUCAGGGGAUAGGGAUUGUAAGAGCAAAAAUGAGAUAUAAAAGUAAUCUUCCAAAAAUCUGAUUUCCUCUGGAGGGAAAACAAAUCACCCUAAAAUUGUAUAUACAAGACUAGAAUUUUUCAGUUUUGGUUAACUACUUCUAAAUCAUCACAGUUUUGCUUAGCUACUUUUAAGUCAUCACUUACCAAGAAAUUUGUAUUUGUCGGUAAAAUAUCUUUACGUAAAAAUACUAGUAAGUCCAACAAAAGAUCACAAAGAUUUACUUUUAAUUAUUUCCAUGUAGGUCUAUUGUGCUUUUAAAGUUUCUCACUUAACUGUCAGAUCCUCAGAUUUAUUAGGAAUUCUGCUUUAAAUUUCCAAAAUAACUUUGUUAUUUUAUCAUUUGAGGAUUUACCUAUUAUUUUAAAAGAUUAGGCAAAUGUUAAUAUCUCAUUUAGAGUAUGUGUUUGGUUUUCCAAGGGGAUCUAAGACUUGGGAUAUAUUCUUUCUCUUGAUGAGAGGACAGUGACUUCUUAGUUAAUACUCACCUUCUCUGUGACAGUUUUUCUUCCAAUUUUUCACUCAAAAAAGAGUGGUUUAAAAAAUUAAGCCUAUUGAGUUAUUUGUUCUAAAACAUUUUAUCUUUCAAAAUAUAUAUCCUUAUUAGAAUUUUUUAUUAAAAAAAAGUUUAUACACAUAGUAAGUCAUUGAUUAUCCUUUGAUCAAAUCAUCAGAUGUUUUUAACGACAGCAAAAUUGAAUCACAUAUAUUUAAUGGUUGUCUACAGCCACAUUAAAUUACAUAAAACAAGAGGUUCCAGAGAAUUAACACUAAAUUCCAUUCACUGGAGUCAUCUUUGAAGCUAAUAUUCUCCCAUAAAACAGUUAAUAACAUAAGCAAUAUAUACCAAUGUUAAUGGAAUUUCCAAGAAAGUUCACAAAGGUGAGGUUACUAGUUUUUGUUUCACUAAUUACAACUAUAUUGUGAAAAUAUUUACAUAUUUUCUAGGAAAUAGUUUAUUUUUCUUAGAAUUGUUUUAAAAAGCAACACUUCCUUAAAUAUUAAUGUAGUAGUAACCCAAAAAGCAAUUCAGAACAUGAAACUUGUUUAUUGAGUACAUUUUAUUAAUAACGUGGUAAAAUUUUUGUUUCACUUCUUCUGUAAGACUAUGUUGUAUAGGAAUACAGGUAAUUAAAACAUUGUGCUUGAGGCUUGUUAUGAACUACAAAAUCAUACAUGUUCACAAUUUCUGUUUUUCUACUUCUAAAGCAAUCAUGUAUAUACAUUAUUUCCUAAUAUUUAAAAAGAUAAAAGUACUGAAUAAUUCUAUUUUAUUCCCUACUCUUCUUAUGAGUCAAUGUUUUUCCAUUUUAUGGGGAAAUAAAUGAACACUGAAUGGGAUGAAGAGAUCAAGAUUUCUAGGUCUAGUGGUUAAAGCCACAUUCUAUAGGACCUAAGGUUCUUUACCAAAUUAAAAAUUAGCUUUUAGAUUUCUGAGUUUUCUCCCAGUUCUAAAAUUCCAUGAUUUAAAAAUAAAAUUACCUUCUGUGGUAGAUUUUAUUUUCCUUUGCUAACUCUUACACUAAUCCAUUUAAUUGUACUUACCUAAACAAAGGUCACAUCUAAUCUUACUUCUUUGACGAAUUUAACAUUAGCUAGUGGGUAAAUCUGUCUAAAAGCUCUGUACAAACAGCUCACAACUGAAGGACAAACUUUUAUAUUAUAUUCCAUUUACAGUUUCUAAUAGGAAUACAAAGAUAAUUUUUUAAUUUAAGAAGAUCUUGGGUUCACUUAAGGAAUUUAAUAGCAAUUAUGUAAUUCUACUAGGUCCUUUAGCUUAAAUUUAAUCUGCAUGUAAUAUUUUAAUAUAUCCAAAGUAGUUAAUAUGUUAAAACCAGUGCUUGACAUAGUAUUAAAGAAUGGCAUCAGAACAAUGUGUCUGUUUUUUAUUUUUUUAGGGGGGUGUGCUAGUAGCUUUGCUGAACAAAAAAAUCUUAGGCAAAUCACAUUUGCAAACUGCUAACGGGUUUGCCAUCAAGGAAUAGCUACAUAGCAGAGCUAGCUUUAUUAUGUCAAAAUAGCUUAAAGAAACAUAUCUUACCACUCCCAGAGCCCAAACUGCCCAUGAAAGAGAAGAAAAUACCUACCAAAUCCUAACAAUACUAAAGAUUCCCUUUCUCCCCAAACUGGAAACCUCUAACCCCCAAAUAUGUAAAAGGCUAUAAUUUACUAAUUUCACUUUCCUUUUAACAGUAAGAAGGGCUUUAUAAAUCCCCAGUAAAUCCUUAAUAUUGAAAGAAUACAUAAAAAUUGAAGUUUUGUGUUACCUUAGACAAUCAUGUUAUUACGAGCAAAGACACUGUCAUUUCAAUAGGCCAAACCUCCCUGCAAAGAGGGGUAUCUGCUGAAGAAAAUAAUGCACUUUAGAAUAACGAAAAGGAAGUU